UAAUCUUCAAACUAUGUAAAUUAUUUUGUUUAAAUGCGCACUUAAGUAAUCAUGUAAUACUAAAUAAAUCAUGCAAUUAUGUUAUAAUUAUAUAUAAAAUAAGCGUAAACCUUUAAUACAUUAUAACCUCAUAUAUGAAUAUAAAAUUUCUGAAAGGAAAUUCUGCAUCAAAUAAUCAAAUUUGUUUAAAUUGCGCAAUAUUGCUAAAAAUCUAGACAGAAGCAGAUUGUAUUUUGUGCGUAAUUAAUAUUUUGCAAUUGUCUUCAAAAAAAAAGAUGAUUUACAACAAUUAUCUGCUUCCAUUGUCUAAAUUUUCUACCGUUCUAAUCCAUGGAAUUAAUUAUAUCCUCCUCAUACUAUGGAAUUUUUCAGAAGUGAAAAUAUAAAUAUACAAAAAAAUGUUCACCAAACCAUUUGACCGUGGUUCUCCGUUCCGUUCGCCAUGGAGAACUUUACCCAAUGGAUUUCCACGACUGCAAUACCGGAUGUUGUGAGACAUGUCUCGUUUUCCUGGUACGAUUACAUCCUAUUCAGCGUGAUGUUAUUAUUGAGCAGCGUUAUCGGGAUUUAUUUCGGUUGUUUCGGGAACAAACAAUCGACAGCCGUGGAAUAUUUGAUGGGUGGGAAACAGAUGAAAGUGAUUCCCAUUGCAAUUUCACUAGUUGCCAGUCACACUUCUGGAAUAACUCUUCUGGCCCUUCCUGCUGAUAUUUACAAAUUUGGAGCUAGCUAUUGGUUGGGCUGCAUAUCGAUGUUGCUUUUAAUCUUUGUGACAAUCUACGUUUAUCUUCCGGUCUUUUAUCAACUGGGAAUCACCAGUACAUACGAAUAUUUGGAAAGAAGGUUUGAUAAUCGUGUUAGACAAUGUGCUUCUGGAUUGUUUGCAUUAUCUUUGUUUGUAUAUUUACCGAUUGUCACUUACAUUCCUGCAUUAGCCUUUUCAGCAGCUUCUGGGGUGAGUGUGCAUUUAAUCACUCCUUUGGUUUGUGGAGUUUGCAUUUUCUACACAACAAUUGGAGGACUUAAAGCUGUAGUUUGGACUGACACUCUGCAGUUUACUAUAACUAUUGGUGCCAUGUUUACCGUUUUCUUCUUGGGAAUAAACCAAGCAAAUGGUAUCACAACAGUUUGGAAUAAAGCUCUUGAGGGCCAAAGACUAGAUAUAUUCAACUUCGAUCCCAAUCCUACUACGAGAGAUUCAUUUUGGGCUAUAAUAAUUGGACUUACAGUUCAUUGGAUCGGACACACAAGCGUUAACCAAGGAUGUGUUCAGAAGUUUUUGGCUGUAGCUACUUGGGCUGAAGCAAAGAAAUCAGUUGCCUAUUACUGUUUGGGAAUGAUAGUGGUUAAAACAGUGUGUGUGUUACAAGGUUUAAUCAUGUACACAAUGUACUCCGACUGUGAUCCAUUUACAACAAAACACAUCACUAAUAAAGAUCAACUUUUGCCAUACUAUGUUAUGGAUGUUGCACAAAAAAUUCCUGGACUUUCAGGACUAUUUAUCGCUGGAGUUUUCUGUGCAGCUCUCAGCACUUUAUCAGCAAACUUAAACUGCCUGGCAGGAACAAUCUACGAAGAUUUUUUGAGCACAAUUUUGACAAAACAUAACUCCCAUAAAACAGCAGGUUACAUCCUGAAACUCAUAGUUAUAGUAGCAGGAAUUAUAAGCACUCUGAUGGUUUACAUCGUGGAACAUCUCGGGGGACUGUUGGCUUUAUCCAUAGGUUUGGGUAGUGUUGCACACGGUCCAGUACUGGGGAUGUUUACUUUGGGAAUGUUAUUCCCACGUGCAAACAGCAAAGGUGCAUUUUGGGGUGCGAUUACCUCUGUAGUCUGCAUGUUAGUGAUAAUUUUUGGAGGAAAAUAUUACGAACAAAUGGGAAUGAUUCACCAUCCUGGCUUGCCUCUCUCUGUUGACGGUUGUGAUUUUCCAGUCAACACAACUAUUACUUCAGCUCUCAACAAUACCAUUAUGAAUGGUACAUCGACAAAUGGUCAACCAUUGUUCUUCUUCAGAUUCUCUUUCUAUUAUAACACACUUAUCGGCACUAUAAUUUCAAUGGUCGUCGGAUUGAUAAUAAGUUACGCGACUGAAAAGGAUGAAAAAGAAGUCGACAGAUCAGUACUGAGUCCAGUUGUACACUUUUUGUUGCCCAAAGAUAAAAAUUGUGAUAAAAACGGUUACUACAGUGUUGAUAAAGCUUUGGAAUUAGUCAUUAAUGAGACUGACAUUGUUAAAAAAUAAACUUUUGUUCAUAAGACUGA